UGAAGUCUAACAUGAAGUUAAAGGGGCUGAAACUCAGGAAAUUACGUUUUCAAUUUUAAAAUCAUCACACCGCGAAGCCACAGGAGUUAAGGACGCAGAGUUGAUCCUAAAAUCACGAUGAAGAGAUUCCAGAAUUCAAACAGCAGAAACAGCCCGAGAUCACACAGGGAAAGGCUUCAGAGUGUUUUCUUUAGGACAUAAUUUCUCUUGUCUACAAAUUCGGAAAACAGGGAACACCGGGACCUACGAGGAGAGAGAACACAUGGCCACAGAUGUCUUCAAUUCCAAAAACCUGGCCGUGCAGGCACAAAAGAAGAUCUUGGGGAAGAUGGUGUCCAAAUCCAUCGCCACCACUCUCAUCGAUGACACGAGCAGUGAGGUGCUGGACGAGCUCUACCGAGUGACCAAGGAGUACACCCAGAACAAGAAAGAGGCAGAGAAGAUCAUUAAGAACCUCAUCAAGACAGUCAUCAAGCUGGCCAUCCUUUACAGGAAUAACCAGUUCAACCAAGACGAGCUGGCGCUGAUGGAGAAAUUCAAGAAGAAAGUUCACCAGUUGGCCAUGACCGUGGUCAGCUUCCACCAGGUGGAGUACACCUUUGACCGGAACGUGUUAUCCCGCCUCCUGAACGAGUGCAGAGAGAUGCUUCACCAGAUCAUCCAGCGUCAUCUCACGGCCAAGUCGCACGGACGGGUUAAUAACGUCUUUGACCAUUUCUCAGAUUGUGAUUUCUUAGCGGCCUUAUAUAACCCCUUUGGGAAUUUUAAGCCCCACUUACAAAAACUCUGCGAUGGUGUCAACAAAAUGCUGGACGAGGAGAACAUCUGAUCGUGUGCAUUAAGACUGGGACCGCUCGUGAUUUCUUUGAAAACGGAGCACUGCUGAUUUAUGAAGGAAAAAUGAAUUUUUUAAAGGUGACCUAUGUUUCCGAAAGACUGGUGCCCAGCUCAGGCGUCCGACGUUGUCAAUAAUGUUUUAUGCAGCUUGUUUUAUUUGAAGAAAAGCAGAUUGCCAAAAACUCUGGUGAAACGCUCCCUCCCUAACAGUUAGCAGAUCGUGGGGAAGGUGUCUCUGGUCGUGUGAUGCAAAUAGAGAGUUGUACAAAGAAAAAUGCGGAUGGCUCCAAACUGCAAGUGUUGGCUUUUUUUUUAGGUCAGUUGUUGUGUCUUUAGCACGUUGGGUAUUUCUCAUGUGUAGAGAGUUAUGUACUUUCAUUCACUAUUAUUCCUUACUGUGUAUUCCUACCUUGCUUAAAAAGCCGAAAACCCUCUCUUGCUCAACUUUGAGAUGAUUUCAUUUUCAAGUCCCUUUUGUUCAAUGCUCCUUUGUUAAAGAUUUUGUCACUGACAGUUAAGAAUUGGGUCUUCAUCAAGAAUUAAGACGUUCCAAGAAUUGAAGGCGGUCAGAUCGAACCCUCAGAAAAACAGGAAACUGCCUCUCAGAAGUCAGUAUUGUAGGACCCAGCUCUAUUUGACGUCGUGACUAAUGUCUAAUAGACAAAUAUACUUCGGGACUUGAGUCCUGUUUUUUAGUACCAACGGUAAUACUUUGAAAAUGUGGUAAUUCUUAAAAAUGUGCUGGUGGCCUCUCCACUUUUAGUAUAUGUUUCAGCUGUAAGAGACACAAGGAAAAAUCUAGAUGGUUCUUGUAAAAAUCAGCAAUACUAAGUACAACAACCUUUAUUUUAGACAUGAGCUCAUCCAAAUAAUGUAGGGGUCUUAAAGGGCCAAAAAGGAAGAAAACAUAUGCUGUGGGCCAUGAGAAUGAAAAUAAAUGCAUUUCAACAUUGAAUAAGGUUUGAUAGGUAAAUAAAGAAAGUCACUUUUUUAUUUAACUGAUAAGGUUUUUGCUAUUUUGUUAUUUGCUAUCUUGAUGAGUAAACCAAAGAAUAUUUGUAUUCUAA